UAGAAAAUACUUUUUAAGCCUCGAAAAAACAUAGUAAAAGACAACAGGAAAUAAGCUGAUUCGGAACAUAGCUCGAAUUGCUCUGCAACAAAGCUUAUCAAAUACCGUCUCAGAAUUUAGAGGAUCUUUUAUCAGUACGCUAUUCUUCUUGUCUGUUGGCUGACUGGUAUCAUCAGUCUAUGGUGUCAUCCAUUGUCUGUAAAUUAAUGGCAAGGUAAGGAAUUAGCAGUGGACAUGGUGUUAACUUCGCUAUUAAUUUCUAACGUACAAUGGGACUGAAUACCAGUGAUAGUGUUUACUCGCCUUCAAGGGAGAAAGGUGUGAUGAGAGGGGGCAGCAGACAUUCCGUCAUCAAACGGGUCAGGGUGGCGUUAAUAAACAUUGGAUCAUUCAAGCUAAAGAUACUGCUGGUCUUGUGUAUAGUAUUUGCUCUUCUUCUUAUAGCUGCUCCCACUGGUUCCUUAAUGGGAUGGCGUUAUCAUCAUUCUCUCCAUAGUAAAUCUCCAAACUACAGACUACGGUACACAGUGUUGAUUAAUACAUGGAGGCGAAAUUCUCUUCUAAAGCAAGCUGUGGCACAUUAUGCAUCUUGUAGCAGCAUUGAUGCAAUACAUGUUGUAUGGAGUGAGGAUGAUCUACCAUCAGCGACUCUUCAGUCACAUCUCCGGAAGGCUGUAUAUUCAAAAUCUUCAAGUAAUUAUAAACCUGAAUUCAGGUUUGACCUCAAUGAGGAUGACAAUCUUAACAACAGAUUCAAACCAAUAGAGGGCUUAAGAAAUGAUGCAAUUUUUUCUGUUGAUGACGAUGUUCUAAUUCCAUGUCGCACCCUAGAGUUUGCAUUCAGCGUGUGGCAAAGUGCUCCAGAGAGUAUGGUGGGGUUUGUACCACGCAUGCACUGGGUUGAUGCCAAGAAGUCUGGUGCUAUGCAUUAUAAUUAUGGUGGCUGGUGGUCUGUUUGGUGGAUGGGCACUUAUAGUAUGGUGCUUUCUAAAGCAGCCUUUUUUCAUAAAAAAUAUUUAGAUAUGUAUACUUACCAAAUGCCUGCAUCAGUUCAAGAAUAUGUAAGCAGGGAAAGGAAUUGUGAAGAUAUUGCAAUGUCAUUUCUUGUUGCAAAUGCAACUGGAGCUCCUCCAAUCUGGGUCAAAGGCAUCAAAUGGAGAUCCCGGAGUUGGAAAAUCAAGCCAGAUCAAGGACGGUCUCCUCCAAGAGGAUCAAGCAAGGACAAGGACGACUUCCUCCAGUCUAGCAUCGACAAGGAUGACCUUCUUCGAUCCAGCAUCAUCAGGAUAAGGGGGACCUCUUCCAGUCCAGUAUUCCAAGGCGAGGUAAAGUGUUUGAAAUUGGUUCAAGUGGCAUCAGUAGCUUAAAAGGACACAGUCAACGGAGAAAUAAAUGUCUCAAUGAUUUUGUUACUCUAUAUGGUUACAUGCCCUUGGUUCCCAGUAACGUGAAAGCUGUUAAUGCUCAAUAUGAAUGGUUUUGGUAGUGUGCUCAGUCCCGUGAUUCAGAUUUAUUUUCGAUCAGCUUCUGAGGGCAUCUGGUUUGUGCCAAGCAUUAUUGUAUACAACCUACUUCAAUAUUUAUUAUAGUUCAUAUUUACCAAGGAAACUGAGUUUUCUUUUC